GGGCACCUCUCCUUUAAGGUAGAGGCUCCCAAAGUCCGGCUCGAUUAUUUCUGGUUUCUACAAUUCUUUUGUUCCUUUGGUCCAAGAAUCCAUUUCUGACGUUCAACCAAAAGAAAAGACAAAAACAUAGGUUUUCUACUGAAAUAGCAAUGGCGGUAUCAGGCCGUAUUCUUUUAAGAAUAAACCUUUUCAUCUUGCUGGUUACUUCCAGCAUUGCGCAUGACAAGAAGGAUCAUGACGAUGGGGAUAACCAUAAGGCUGAGAACAAUGUCAACCAGGGCGUGGGCUAUGAUGGAAGGUCUGUGAUCAUCAAUGGCAAAAGAGAGCUGCUUUUCUCGGGCUCCAUUCAUUACCCUCGCAGCACCCCAGAUACCUGGCCGGACCUCCUCACAAAAGCUAAAUAUGGAGGUCUGAACGUGAUUCAGACGUAUGUUUUCUGGAACGUUCAUGAGCCGAUUGAGGGUCAGUACAAUUUUGAAGGGCAAUAUGACUUGGUGAAGUUCAUCAAGUUGAUUGCGCAGCAUAAAAUGUAUGCGACCCUCCGGGUUGGCCCGUUUAUUCAGGCUGAAUGGAACCAUGGAGGAUUACCAUAUUGGCUGAGAGAGGUCCCCAACAUCACAUUCCGCUCUGAUAAUGAACCAUUCAAGCAUUACAUGAAAAAAUUCGUUACGAUGAUUAUUGAUAUGAUGAAGAAGGAGAAGUUGUUUGCUUCACAAGGAGGCCCUAUCGUUUUAUCACAGAUCGAGAACGAGUACAACACCAUUCAACUAGCAUUCAGAGAACGUGGAGACAGUUAUGUUCAGUGGGCAGGAAAGAUGGCCGUUGGCUUAAACACCGGAGUCCCAUGGAUCAUGUGCAAGCAGAGGGAUGCCCCAGAUCCAAUUAUUAAUACAUGCAAUGGAAGACACUGCGGAGAUACUUUCACAGGUCCAAAUAGGCGCAACAAGCCUUCAUUGUGGACUGAGAACUGGACUGCACAGUAUAGAGUAUUCGGAGAUCCUCCAUCUCAAAGAUCAGCUGAAGAUUUGGCGUACUCGGUUGCUCGCUUCUUCUCCAAAAAUGGAUCUCUGGUCAACUACUACAUGUACCAUGGUGGUACAAAUUACGGCAGAACAAGCGCAGCUUUUACAACAACUCGCUACUAUGAUGAAGCCCCUCUUGAUGAAUAUGCUUUACAAAGGGACCCAAAAUGGGGCCACCUCAAGGAUCUUCACAAGGCCCUAAAUUUGUGCAAGAAGGCUCUGUUUUGGGGGACUCCUACUGUCCAAAGGCUGGGUCCAGACCAAGAGGUCCGAACCUACGAGCAACCUGGAACUUCUCUCUGUGCAGCUUUCUUGGCCAACAAUGACACCAAGAACGCCCAAACAUUCCAUUUCAGGGGUAAGAAAUAUGGCCUGCCAGCUCGCUCCAUUAGUAUCCUCCCUGACUGCAAGACCGUGGUUUACAACACUCAGAUGAUUACGGCACAACAUAACACGAGAAAUUUUGUUAGAUCAGCAACUGCAAACAAGAACUUUAACUGGCAGAUGUACAAGGAAUAUGUUCCAACCCAACUUGGAUCUAUGACCAAGGAACCAUUGGAGCUUUAUGAGUUGACCAAAGAUACAACGGAUUAUGCUUGGUAUACAACUAGCAUUGAAUUGGGUCCACGUGACUUGCCAAUGAAAAAGGAAAUCUUCCCAGUUUUAAGGGUUGCAAGUCUUGGCCAUGGACUGCUUGCUUUUGUAAAUGGCAAAUAUAUAGGUUUUGCACAUGGGAGCAAAGUUGAGAAGAGCUUUGUCUUCCAGAAACCUGUAAAGUUCGAGGCAGGGGUUAACCAUAUUACACUCUUAGGGACUUUAGUGGGACUUCCAGAUAGCGGAGCCUACAUGGAGCAUAGGUUUGCUGGGCCUCGUUCUAUCACCAUAUUAGGUUUGAACACCGGAACACUUGACCUGUCAGUAAAUGGCUGGGGACAUCAGGUUGGACUGUAUGGAGAAAAGAAGAAAAUAUAUACCGAGGAAGGCUCAAAGAAGGUAGAGUGGAGGAAGCUUAGUGAAUCACCAGCUUUAACAUGGUACAAGGGAUACUUUGACACCCCAGAAGGAAACAACCCAGUUGCCAUCCGGCUGACUGGUAUGGGGAAAGGUAUGGUCUGGAUCAAUGGUCAGAACAUUGGCCGAUAUUGGAUGUCUUACCUUUCUCCUCUAAAGCAGCCUUCUCAAUCCGAGUACCAAAUCCCAAGAUCGUUCCUCAAGCCGACGCAGAAUCUCAUUGUUAUAUUGGAGGAGGAGGAAGCCAAUCCGAAAGACGUUGAGAUCCUGCUAGUUAAUAGAGAUACAAUCUGCAGUUACGUAACCGAAUAUCAUCCGCCAUCGGUGAGGUUAUUCGAAAGCAAAGGUGGCAGCUUGCGAGCCAAGGUGGAUGAUUUGAAACCAAAGGCUGAACUGACAUGUCCGAACCAGAAAAAGAUCGUGGCCGUAGAGUUUGCGAGCUUUGGUGAUCCUUUUGGUGCCUGCGGAAGCUACUCCCUUGGAAAUUGCACGUCCCCCGUAUCCAAGAAAGUUGCAGAAAAGUUUUGUCUGGGAAAAACCAGCUGCCAAAUUCCAUUGGACGCUGAGGAUUUCGACAAUCAAAACGAUGCCUGUCCACAUAUGAAAAAGGCUCUUGCCGUCCAAGUCAAGUGUGCUUACAAGAACUAAGCUUGAGCUCGCGUUGGAGGCCAAGGGUGUAGCAGUUGGACCAGUUAUUACUGCCAUGCAACUUACUUGAGUUAUCAUUUGUAUUUUCCGAGCCAUAAAUUUGCAACGGGAUGACUGUGCAAUUUCCAAGUUAGAAAUUUAAUUCAAUCUUUCAACCA